AUGGCUCGCCUACGCUCCACUGUCGUCGUCGCCGUGGUCGCCUAUCUGGCGUAUAGCGUGUUCUUCGCGAAGGACGGCCGACGCGAGAGACUCAACGAACAGUUGCGCCGCAAUAAGUGCGUCUACAACAGCGAGUUCCGCAUGACGCGUGACCAGAGACUGAUGAGCUUCUGCAAGGCCGUGUAUGACGUGGACGAGAGGGCGCUGGAAAACUGGACGUGCAGUUGGUGCCAGGAGCAUCACGCCAACUUUCAACUGCACAAGAUAAUCUACAAACGUAAAUUUAACACCAAAGCACUAGUGGGCUAUGACCCGGAGUUGAAUGCCACCGUACUGGCGUUCCGCGGCACCACGACUAACGACGUGGACACGAGCCUCUGGAACAAGAACUGGCUGCGGGUGAAUCUGAAUGGUUUGGAUUUCGGAAACACGAGCUGCGUGCCGCAUCAUCUUGGCAAGACGGUGCCGGGCCGUGUGUACUGCGGCUUCUACGAGGCGUACGUGGAUUUCCGUCGCAGCCUGCUGCGCGCGGUGAACGCGUCGCUGCAGCUGCAUCCCAACGCGCCGCUGUACGUGACCGGCCACUCGUUGGGAGGUGCUCUUGCGGCGCUGGCAACGCUGGACGUAAGACUGCGCCGCUUUCGCAAGCAGCCCAUCCUGGUGACGUUCGGAGCGCCGGAGAUGGCGGACCGUGCGUUCAGCACGUACUAUUCGUGUGCCAUUCGUCAGGCCCUACGCGUGUACAACCUGUUUGAUGUGGUGCCGUACUCUAUGGGCGAUAUCCUGAGAUGGCCACGGCAUGUCGGCAAGGCCAAGGUAUCCGACAAGAGUAUACAGCUCAGUCUCAAGCCUCACUAUAACUACCUGGGUGUCAACACGCAUACGUAG